GGCUUGUCGUGGCUGUGGCGGUAUUGUCGGCUACCCGUCUGGAAGCGAAAUUCACCCACAGUGCAUACUUGGACGCCGCUCGUGAAAAGUAUUUCCUACAGUGGAGAUACGAUGCGGAGACCAUCACCUUCCGUGUGGAAGUGGCCACCCUGGGGUACGUGGGGUUUGGGAUUUCACCCAAUGGAGACAUGACCGGCUCUGACAUCGUCACUGGGUUCGUCACAGACCAAGGAGACACAUUCUUCUUCGACCGAUACGCCACAGCGAGAGCCAUGCCGACUAUUGACAGCAGUCAGGACUGGACGUUAGAAUCAUCAGGAGAGAACGGCACGCACACCUUCCUGCAGUUCUCCAGGAAACUCGUUCUUUGUGACCACACAGACAGGACUAUCGAGGCCGGCACCACCCGUGUUAUCUGGGCGUACCACGGGGAAGACCCGCCGCACGACACCGAGCUGAUGUACCACGGCGAGACGCGGGGAGCCCGCAGCCUCAUGCUGCUGUCCGGCCCGCAGAACGCGGAACUGCCGGAGCAAGUACAGACCAUGGAGUUUCUCAACGAUGCUUAUGCCGUGCCCUACAAGAAAGUCACUAACUACCUGUAUAGGGGGUUCAAGGUUCCGGACUUGGGAGGGAAAAAGCACGUCAUAGCGUUCGAGCCAGUUGUACAGGCCGGAAACGAAGCAGUGAUCCACCACAUGUUUCUGUACGCCUGUCUGGAGGACCUGGACCCGAACCUGUACGACGGCGUCCAGUAUCUGCGGGAGAGCCGCGACAUCCCUGCAGACUGGCGCUCGUGCAAAGUCACUAUCAUAGUCUGGGACGUGGGAGGAGUGGGCAUGCAUUACCCAGAGAAGGUGGGGCUAUCUGUAGGGGCUCCUGGCGACCCGACCUUCCUUCUUAUGGAAACACAUUACAACAACGCACAGCGCAAGAAAGGUAUGAAGGACAGUUCCGGUAUUCGGUUACUGUACACCUCUGAGCUACGGGAGUACGACUUGGGUUUAAUGCAGCUUGGCAUGGAGGUUGGACAUACACAGAUCAUCCCCCCUGGAAGUCAGUCAUUUGUUUCCGUCGGAAACUGUUAUCCGGACUGUCUGGAGAAGGCAAUGGAGGCAGAGUCCAUAGACAAGAUAAACGUGAUCGGCGUCCAUUUCCACGCUCAUCUGGCGGCCAGGAAGAUGAGGGUACGCCACGUGCGGAACGGAGUGGAACUGCCGUGGCUGGGGAAUGACGAAAACUUCGACUUCAACUUUCAGCAAACUAUCAGACUGCAGAAGGAAAGAGAAGUUUUGAAGGGCGACUACCUAAUAGUGGAGUGUACCUAUGAUACCACUGACAGGGAAGAGAUCACACACGGAGGCCCCAACACGCAAGAUGAGAUGUACCUUGGUCAUAUCCUUCACUACCCAAAGAUGAAGCUAAGACGGUGCAAGAGCAAUCCACACAGGGUGGCUUACCUGGAAGCUCUCGGUGCGACAGAAGUUAUGUUUAGAGCUGGCAAAGACGACUUUGUGCCCAUCCAACCACCACAAAUGGCUGGCAAGUCCAUGAAGAAACUACUGCACUCUGUCAGCUGGAAUGAAGAACUCAGACAGAAAUUCCAGGCAGUGCAGAGAACCGGAAAGACGUCCGUUAUCUGCAUGAAGAAAGACAAUAGCUGGGAGGAAUUUCACCAGCAAACGUUAACCAUGCGGGAGCCACCACCCGUAAUUCUUCACCCAUUUGAGGAAACCGACGCAUGCAAAACACAAGGUACAGGUGCUAGUAGGCUCAAGAUGCGUCAGGGAUCAAAGAAGUCUAUCAACGGUGUACAUGGCCAUGAAGCAAAUGCUGAAAACAAGAGUGGGAUCAAGAAAGGAUCAAGAAGGAAGACCAGGAAGAACCACCGGAAGCUGAGUCUCUCACCAUGGCGACACCAUAGAAGAGCACGAAAGAUCAGCUGGUAAUAGAAAAGAAUCUAACCUGACUUUACCUCAGCUUCAUGACAAGAUGACAUUUCUGAAUAUGAAUUAUAAAUGAUUGAUUUGUAGCCAUGUGGUGUGUACACUCACUGCUUAGAUGCUGAUAACGACUGUCACAAUAAUAGUUCAUUAGUGGGUGUGGAGGAAACGGGAUAUAGGAGGCUAAGUCUCAACUGCGGUUAUUACAGAAGUCAUGAUCAAUUUUCAGAUGUAAGAAGGUUCACGAAUUAACACUAGUUCACCUUUGUCCUCGAUGUAACCUAUAUCCGUUGUAUUUAGAACAGCGUGUUUAGGAUUAUCAAUUCGACGGAAGGUUGUUUGAAAUUGCAAUAUUUUCAAAAAAUAGCAAAUUGGAAACUACCAUCCGUCGACUUGACAUCCCUAAAUAACCUGUUU